UUUAAGUUAUUGAAGUUAUUAAAUAUACUUUAUAAACUUGAUUAAAAAUAUUUUUUUAAAACAGUAGCAUGUUGCAAUAGAGUUGGGUCAAUGUUGUGGCAUAAAUUUUUAAAUUUGGACAUAACUUAUACAAAAGAAGCAAUUAAUUGAUUAAAAAUACUUUUUAUUUUUAAAAUGCGACCUCAUAAAGAACUGAAACUGCAGUUAUUUGUACAUAUUCCAAAUGAUCAAGUUAUUUCUUUAAACAUAAAUUCCAACUCAACAAUUGGUGAUUUAAAAUCUACACUUGAACUACGAGCUGGCAUUUUAUCUGAUUUACAAGACUUAUAUGUAAACAAUAUGAAAGUUAUGGAAAAAGAUACUUUUUCUUCUGUAAAAGUAAAAAACGGCUCUUUACUUCAAUUAAAAUUUAAGGAAAAAAUGUUUAGAAACGUAUACCUUGAUGCUUUUAAUGGCGACUCUAAAAAACUUUUUAAACAUGAGAUUGAAGCUAUUCACGGCGAAGAGUUAAACGUGUUGGAUGAGGUUAGCAUUGUUUUAAACAAAAUGGCAUCAUUAAAAGCUUUUCAAGCAGCUUUUACAGCUUGUUUUAAAGGACAUGUUGCUUUACUGAGAAAAAUUAUUAUCAAAAACUCUGCUGUUAUUGCGAGUACUACAAAAAAUGGACGAUCUCUUCUACACGUUGCAGCAGACGCAGGAAAUUAUUCGUGUUUAGCAGUUCUUUUAAAAAAAGGUUCUCAACUAUGUAAAAAGGAUAAUGAUGGUUUUACUGCAAUGCAUCUAGCGACUGCAAACGGACACAGUCAAUGCGAAAAGUAUCUUGCUACUCAUGAUCUGAAGUUCUUCUGUAGAGAUGACUCGAAUUUAAAUAACGAAAAAUCGGAGAAAUUUUUUCCUCCAAUAGUAGUUCAUACGACUAACGUCAACGAUGUGCACGAGAAAAAAAAAUUAAAUCAAGAACAGCUUCCUACUUUAGAAACACUGCCUUCUCAUGAACAGCUUUCUGCUCAACAACAGUCUUUAACUCUUGAACAGCUUCCUACUUUAGAACAGCUAUCUACUCGCAAAAAAUUUCUUGCUGAAGAAAAAAACCUUUGCUCAAUUGACAAACCAAUAAAUAUUCAGAAUCAAGCUGAUAUUAAGGAUAUACAAUGUUCAAGGAAAAAGGUUUGUCAAUUAUUUCGUUCAAGAUCAGCGCCUUAUAUUCAAACAUUUCAAUAUUUGGAAAACCAAACACAAUUAGAGUUACAGAGAAAAUCUAAUCUUACGAGUACAAGCUACACAAAUCAAGAUGAUUUAAAAGAUUUAUCAAACAACAAGAAAAAUGAAGAAUGCAAAAAAAUUAGCAAGCAGCUUUUUAAUCUUAGUAAAGAAGAAAAUAAUACUGGAAUGAGUGAAAAGUUUUUAAGCUCUACCCCACUAAGCAACUUUAAUAUGAAUAAAGCAAUGUCUAUUCAACAAAGCAUAUGUUGGUCACCAGAUAAAGAUAACACAAAAUUGACUAUACCCUGGCCACAUGUUGUUGAAAAAAGAAUUACAAUUUCAAAAAGCUUCAAUCACUUUCAAGAACACCCAAAGUUUGUUUGUAAAAAAUUGAAAGUUCAAAAUGCUUCUAUAAAAAGUAAACCAUCAAAAAUUAAAAAGCUCUGUUUAAAACAAAUAAAAGUACCAAACACACAAACUGUGUUAAGUCUUGAGGCAAACUUUAGUAUUCUAAAUCGAAUUACUGACGGAAAAGUAUUUUUUCUAGAUUCUUCUUUUUCAACUAUUGUGAACAAAAAAAAUAUUUUCCUAAACAAUUCAAAUAAGCCUAUAGGUAACAUUGAAAAUGCGGAAACUUAUCAUAAAAUUUCAAUUGUUAGUAGUGCGAGUAAUAAAGUAUCAUUAACCGUAACAAAUAAAAAAGAUGUUUUUAAAGUUCAGCCUUAUAAAUACAAGUUUGAAGCAAAAAGUCAUGUUUACUCUAAAACAUCACUUACUGUAUACAAAUUGAAAAGAAAAGAGGUUAAACGAAUGACCUUUGAAGAGUGGGUGUUUUUAAAAAAGCAAUUGCAAAAUAAAAAUAAGACCUUUGAAACAUCAUCAGUUGCGAAUUCAUUAAAAACAAAAAACCAAAAAUCGCAUCCUGUCUCAUUUGAAACAUGGUUACAAAGAAAAAGAGCACACGAAGAAUUAAAAAAACAAAAACAAGCUGAAUUAGAUUUGAAAAAAGAAAACGAAUCUUUGCUCACGAGCAGUUCUCGUCUUAUGGAUCCACACCAACGUACUUUUGAAGAGUGGUUUUUAGAAAAAAAAAGCCAGCAAAAGCACCAAGAAAAAAAAGUUUUUAAACGAAAAGUAUCAUCAGCUGAAGAUAGAGAACUUAUUUUUAAUUUGUGGCUAUUGGACAAGUUUAAAGCUGAGAUUCAAACUGAAACAGAACUUUUGAUGAAGGAACGCCUUCUUUCAAGCUCUAUGGAUUAUUAAAAAAUACUUUUAUAUUUGUUAAUAUUUUAUCUACUUUUGCUUUAUACACGCUUUAUUUUUUUACAUAGACACAUUUUUUUAAUAGUUAUAUUUAUUUAUAUCAUUAGACUGCUUGUAUAUAUUGCUUAUACUAAUAAAAAAAAAUAUCA